ACUUUCUACUUUUAGCUCGAGCCCUCGCAACAAAAGCAAAGUUUGGCAGGGACAAGCAUUCGAGACUCAAGAGGGUUCUGUUAAUAAUUUACCUGUAUCGCCAACGCCUUGCCUUAAAAUAAGACAAAUGAUAGAUAAACAUGAUGAUAUACCAAAUCUAAAGUCCAUUAUCCAAGAUGCCAUAUUAGAAAAAUGUGGUGACGAUUGCAACAUUCUCCAUGUCUAUGUGGACCAACAACUUCUUUGUGUUUAUGUAAAAUGUGCAUCUAGAAAAGAUGCUGGAAUUGCUUAUAGGAAACUCCACGGUUGCUGGUUCGACGGUAAACUUAUAACUGUUAAAUAUGUUAGACUGGAAAGGUACAUGGAGCGUUUUCUGAUUCACCUUCUAAUCCACCCUACUUGA